AUGAUUCAUAAAUAUUGUUUUGAAGCUCUUGAUCAAACUCUUAGAGAUAUUCUUAGAUUUAAAGACGCAUCUAGUGCUGAUAAACCUUUUGGAGGUAAAACAGUUGUUCUUGGUGGCGACUUCAGACAAACUUUGCAUGUCAUUGCAAAAGGAUCUAGGCAAGAUAUUGUUAACGUUACUCUUAUUUCUUCGUAUUUGUGGACCCACUGCGACGUCUUAAAUCUAACAAAGAAUAUGAGGUUGCAAAGAGAUCAGUUAGAUGCACACUUGGAUGAGUUAAGAAAUUUUUCUGAACGGAUUUUGGCAAUCGCUGAUGGAAGGAUUGGGAGUUCCAUUGAUGGCAUUGAGAAGGUCCAAAUCCCUGAUGAUCUUCUUAUAAGUAAUUGUGAUGAUCCAAUAUUGGCAAUUAUUAAAGCUACAUAUCUAGAUUUCUUUAGUCAUUCCAGUGACAUAGAUUACCUCCCGCAAAGAGCAAUUCUUGCUCCGACUCUUGAUAUAGUGGAAUCAAUCAAUGAAUAUAUGGUUUUACUCAAUCAUAGUCCCGAGAAGACAUAUUUUAGUUCUUAUACG